UGUCAAGUUAAUACAAGAUUUUUUCAAACCACACAACACACUUAUCUUUUAAAAUACAAUUUCCAUUGCUGAUAAGCAAAUAAGUCAUUUAAUUGUUAGUUUUCGGAGUCUGCAGAGUAAACAUCUGAAAAUCUGAAAGACUCGGGGUCACAUGGUGGAAAGCCCCGGAACUAAACCUCUGCUAAGAAUUUAUUUUUUAUUUUUUUAAUGUAACGGUCGUAUAAGUGUGUGUGAAUAUUUUAUUCGCUAAAGCGAAUCUUUGCUUAUCGGCAACGUACCUGCAUUGAGACCACACCAAGGUUAUUGAUCCGUCGUGUGUUUUGCUCCAUGGACAAAGACAAGCCCGCAGACGGCAAUGGUCAGUGCUCCUGGUUUGAGAUGCAACAGUUCAUUGGUGACCUCAUUACGUCUGGGAACUCUUCUAGUCAGUCGCUGAAGGAGCAGCAUGAUGUACUCCAUGUCUCCUGGGGUUUGGCCGGAGGGGAAUAUCUGGGGCUGAAAGGACCAGCCCAAGACAAGUCAGAUUUAGACCAAAACCGGCUGAUGUUAUCAGGGGCACCUGAGAGGAGGGCAGAAUUCAGAGACAGAAAGGAAGUUGAAAAUGAGCUCCAUGCGUGCACCUGCACCGGAUGUCCAUUUUCUACUUCCCCGCCUUCAUACGAGACUCUAAAGCCCAGAAAAUCUCUGUACUCCCAUGGGCAACCAGACAAAACAUGCCUCAGUAGGACCCACACCAGCCACCCGGCCAUGAACCUCAGCGUUUGCUUACCGGAUGAGAACCAGGCAGAGCCCAGCAGCACCACCUCGUCCGACCUAAAGCCCCGUGCGUCGAGGAGGGAGGACAGGGAGCGUAACGCAGACUGCUCAUCCUCCUCCAGAGGUCUAGCGGGCUCCUUCCCCCACUUCCCCAUGUUUGCCUGCUUGUGUUGCCACGGCCUCCAGACCUGCGCUCAGCUAUUAAGGCAGCAGGAAGGCCCGGACUCUGGCCUCCCUCAUGGCAACGCACACGGCCACCACAUCCACCAUCACCACUGUCCCUUCUCCUCCUGCCUGCCCUGCCCUCAGCUGGCCCACUCGCACCCCCACGCAGCCCAGCUCCGGGGCCACUUCCCUUACCUGGGAUGCCAUCACGCUAUCAGCGCCUGUCCGCAGCACUCCCACAAGCAGAACGUCCAGAAGCCCGGCCAGCCCAACCAGGAGGAAGGGGCCAGGGCCACCACCGCGUACCCCCCCUUCAUGCACCCCUGCAUGCACUGCUCGGCCGCGUUCCAGAGGCCGUCCCAGCUGCUGCAGCACCAGCGGUCCGAGCACUCCCAGAAGCCCGCCGGCUUCCUGUGCACCGAGUGCGGCAAGGCCUUCAACUCGCACAGCAACCUGCGCAUCCACCAGAACGUGCACACCGGCGCCAGGCCCUACGUCUGCCCCGACUGCGGCAAGAGCUUCAGUCAGUCGGGCGCGCUGAAGAUCCACAAGCGCAUCCACACGGGCGAGCGGCCGUACUCCUGUGCCUUCUGCGGCCGCGGCUUCCCCCACCUGGCGGGGGUCCGGGCCCACCAGAGGACCCACACCGGGGAGAAGCCGUACCGCUGCGGCCUGUGCGGGAAGUGCUUCACCCAGUCGGGGGCUCUAAAGAUCCACACCCGCAUGCACACGGGCGAGCGUCCCUUCACCUGCGGGGUGUGCGAGAAGGGCUUCACCAACCUGGCGGCCAUCCGCUUCCACUACCGGACGGUCCACGGGCUCACCUACGAGGGGGCCGCGAGGACCGCGGCCGGGGCCCCGUACCGGGACCAGACCAACCCCGGGUGUCCUUCCACCUCCGCGGGACGGCCCCGGAGCAGUCACCCCCCCGGCGGCCUGCUGGACAAGUGUAACCUGGCAGAGGGAGGGGGGUCCAUGAUGCCCAGAGGGACGGUCGCCCAGGGGGCAUCGGGCAAGGCCCAGGCCGACAGAGCUAGCGGGCACAAGGAGGGUCAGAUCUACGCAUGUGAGGACUGUGGCCAGGGCUUUAAGGACGCGCCCUCCAGGAACAGACACCAGAAUCUGGUUCACUACACUGAGGAGGGUCAGGAGGUCGGGCAGACUAAGGGCUAGUUAUGAAGGAGAGGAGGCCGGGUGAUGGUGGAGAUGGACUUGAGGACCUAAUGAGGGAAAAGGUAGGUGAGUGUGAAUAACAUCGUUCUGUUGUUCAAAAUGUGUUACUUUUACAAGGUGUCCCAUUUCUGCCACACAAAAGAAAAUCAAUUGAAAGGGGCAUAAUGUAUAGGUGUAUAUGCAUGUCUGGGGGCCUUUCAGUAAGAAUGAUGUGGAAUUUUAAUUUAUGAGUUUAAUUAUGGAAAUGCCAGCAUUUUACAGUACUCGUUUAAUAAAUGAACGGGACAAUGUCUGUUCAAUUAUAAUAAUUUAUUUAAAAUUAAGUAGUGGCUUCCUUGACACUUUAUAACUGGUAACCAAACCAGACCCAAUGGAUGCUGAAUCAAUGCUGAUUUUGUAGGUGUCACAAAUGUUAAGUCACCAUGUAGUCAACGCUUAAAGGGACAACCUAUGCCACAAACAUACCGUACACACUUAUUUGCAAACCAACCCGUUUUUUAAUGACCACAUACAAAUUAUUACAAUGAGCGAAGCAUUAAGCAUGUGGCCUAAAACUGUUGUUUUUUUAUGUCAUUGUGUUUCCAAAACAACUGGAUAGUCUAAUGGUAAAGAUAGAUGUGGCAGUAGCUUUGUAAAUAAUGAAUGGUGUCCCUCGAACUUUUUGUAAGUAUUAUGUUUCUCUAUUCUACCAAAAUCUAAGGCUAUUGGAGCAUUUUAUCCCUUGGAAGACGGCUGCCUGCAUUGUGUCCUCACGGAAGUACAUGAACAGCGUAGUUACAAAGAACACUCAGCUUCUAAUUAUUAUGGUCCUGAAAAAAAACCCUAUUUGUUCUGGGCGGCUGGCUUCAUUGCGUAAAAUCUCACCUUCUUUAUCAUGCCUUUUUGCGAUUCUUUCGGUUGAUCAUAUAUUAAGAAAGCUUGUGUGCACACAUUAAUCAUUCGGUAUAUGUUUUUGAAAUUACAAUUUGAGAGGAACCAAGAAGUAUGAGACAAUCCUGUCAGCUCAAUACUGCCGCCUAGUGUCACCCUGUAGUAUAUAUGUAUAGGAGUAUUAUACCACAGCAUUGCAUACAUACAACCACAUAGCCGCAAUACAUUUUUUACAACUUUUGAUGUUUUAUGCAAGAAAAAAGUUCCAAUUAAUCUUUAUUCAUUUACAACGGUAUGGCAAUUUAAUAUUGAAGACAAAAUGCUUGAUGAUUGUGACACAUUUCAGGCAUAGUCCUUAUUCUUCAUAUUUUACUCAUAUCCCUUAUUAUAUUACAUAUUUUUUUUAUAUACAGUGCUGUAUUCCGAGUUAUUUAAAAGUGCGAUGUGGAUCAAACAUUUUACCAAUAAACAACAUGUCUGAGGUUGCA